GCGCCGUGCGCGCCCGCGGCGGCCCCCAGCGAUGGCGGCGGCGGCGGCGGCUCGCUGGCCUCGGCGAUCGGCGCCGCCGAGAGCGGCGCGGCGGCCGAGAAGGUGGCGUUCGUCACGCUGGCGACCGGCGCCUACCUCGACGGCGCCCUCGUGCUCUGCAGCAGGCUCCGCGAGCGCCUACCCGCGCAGGUCGACGUCGUGGCCUUCAGCGACGGCGAGGUCCGCCUGCCGCCCGGCGUGCUUCUGAGGCCGCUCGCGAGCCUCCCCGAGGUGGGCGUGCCCGCCGGCGCCGGGGAGCCCGUGCUGCCGCAGUUCGACUUCUGCUGGGCCAAGCUGGG